AGUGGAGCCAGGUGCUCAGCUGAAUAGAGAAAAUACAGUCUUUAUGUCAUAUCUAUUGAAUGUUUUUAUUGAUUAUUGUCAUCGAUUUUUUCUGUAUACUUCAGGUUUUUACCUGAUGAUGGAGCAUUUCUUCGAAACGUUAAUAAUAUGGCGAAUUUGCUUCUUGUUAAAUUCUUUAUAAAUUCGUAGUGCAAAACACUAAUGAUAUAAGAAUUUCUAUCGGCAAUAUAAGCAAAUUUCAUUGAGAGCACGUUUUAAAUCUGGGCAAACAAUGCGAAAAUGUUUUCGGAAAGUUUGUAAAUUUGUUCGAUGUGACAUGAAGUGUAAACCGAAACGAGGAUGGAAGAAGGCAUUGGCAGCUUUAAUUGUCGCCAGUGCACUUUUGCACUUGUACUUCAUCUUACGAAUCCCAUACUACGACAUCCUUGGUGAACUUCAACGCAUAAAUUUAAAUAAACCUGACCAAAUGUCGUCACUGACGCCGCCAUCAUCUGACGCUGCAUCGAAUCAUGAAGCCGGAAAGAAUGACUCAAUACUGUCAAUAAUCGAUGGAAAAACAUAUGUUUCAACGAAGGGAUUGAGAGAUAUAAAGACAGAGGUUCCCUUAAAAAAUCAACAGGAAAACAAUGGAUUUUUGAAAAAAAUUACACAGAGUAUGGCAGUGAUUGGAGUACCUGAUAAAACAAAGCAAAAAGGCACGAAGGCUGUGGCUGUCAAGAAAAAUCCCCAAGAUGCGCCUUCUGGAUUAAGUAGAGAUGAAAUCUUUGCACACUUUGUGCUUCCAUCAUUGGACUGGAAAAAGAAAACCGGUCCAAAUGACAAAAAAAUUGUUUAUGACUUGUCCGAGAAGGCCAGGGCUGAGGGAAGAAUUGGCCCUUUCAUUGUAGAUAGUAAAAGAAUCUUUAAAAGCUUAAUGUUUUACAAUGGAACGCGCUUGCAAGAGGCUAAUAGAACGAAACCCAAAGAUACUACUAGAAGCAAAAUUCUUUCAGAGUCUUUCAACGAAAUCUCGCAACAGGUUCAGAAAAUGAAUGAACAAUCCAAUGCAUCACUAAUAUUGCUAACUCGUUCUAAACCUACAGCAACGACACUAAUGUCAUCACGCAUGUCUGAAUCUUCCGUUCAAGUUACGCAAAAGCAGCGAAUAUCGCAAACUGUGAUUGAAUUUAAGGGAAAAACUUCCGUUGCGACUCUACUACCAAAAGGAAGCGAUGCAGCGAAGACUGAGAACAUUACUUUAAAAUCUGGUCCAAAGACGGAACCGGCCAAAAAAUCUUCAAGGACAGUUCCGCUUUCCCACAAAAUAAGCUCUGACGAAGUUUCACUCAAUGAAUCUCAGAUAAGUAUCAUCAAAGAAAGAAUUUCUGCCAUCAACGAUGAACAAAAAAUAUACAACGCAGAAAAAUUCGGCCCAUUAUUGAUUGACUCAACUCUCAUUGUAGUACAGGUCCACAAUCGGGAAGCAACUCUGAAGUUGCUGAUACGCAGUCUUUCAGAGGCCAGACAUAUCAACGAGUCUUUGGUGAUCUUUAGUCACGACCUUUGGAGUGACGAAAUAAACUUGAUUGUUCGGAAUAUCACCGCAUUCCGAACGAUGCAGAUUUUCUUUCCGUUCAGUGUACAAUUACAUCCCAAAAAAUUUCCUGGCCAAGAUCCAAGAGACUGUGCUAGGAACCACAAGCGUUCGAAGCAACAGAAAUCGUUGCGAUUCAGGAUUUGCCAAAACGAAGACUGGCCUGACUCCUUCGGUCACUUCAGGGAGGCAUUCUAUACGCAAAUAAAACAUCACUGGUGGUGGAAUAAGUUCAGGGUGUUUGACGAGCUGAACAUCACCCGCAACUGGACCGGCGUGGCACUGUUCUUGGAGGACGACCAUUACGUUGCUCCAGACUUCCUCCAUGUCCUGGAGCAACUCAAGCAGCUUGCCGUCAGCGCUCAGGGACGCUUCCUCUCACUAGCCAACCUGGAGAAAUCGAAUAUCAACAAUGACCGAAAUUUCGCCUACCGCGCGACGCCAGGCAGUCCUAAAUUCAACACGGGACUUGCGUUCGACCAGGUCGCGUGGUCGCUCAUCAGAUCCAAAGCCAAUUUCUUCUGUUCAUAUGACGACUACAACUGGGACUGGACCUUAGCAAGCCUCAUGUACAGCGAUAAGCGACUCAUUGACGUAGCUUUUGCUGUAAAAACAUCGCGUGUGUUUCAUCUGAAGUCGUGUGGAACACAUUCAAAAGGUUCUAGCUGCUCGAACGGAGCACCAGACGCCGAAGUGGUGCCGAAACUUGCCGCCCUGAAGCCCUACCUCUUCCCCGAGUCUUUGGUUCUCCAGGGGACGCUGCAAGGCUCGCCGCUUAGGAAGGGUAACGGAGGCUGGGGCGACCGUAGAGACCAGGAACUGUGCCUCGCCAUGGCUAAUGGAACAGCGUCUGAAAUGACCCUUCACCGUAUCCAAAAUAUGACCGAAGUUCUUCCCUAAAAUUAAAAAAAAACAGGAUAGACAGAGAACUGUUUUCGCUAAUGGAACAUCGUCUGAAAUGACCCUUCAGCGUAUUCAAAAUAUAACAGAAGUUCUUCCCUAAUAAAACAGGAUAAACAAAGAACUGUUUUUUCUGAAGGAACUGCGUCUGAAAUGACCCUUCAGCGUAUCCAAAAUAUGAUUGGAAGUUCAACCGAUCAAUCAAAGAAAAUUACCAGAAUCUAAGACGUAACGUUUAUCGAAGUUUGAGUGGCGAAGUAUGUGCUAUUAGUGCAGAAAAUUGGUACACUCAUAGAUAUUAAAAUAACUUUGUCCAAAUAUCGAUGAAAUUUGUGCCUUGUGUGUUUCGGACCUAGUUUGGUCCGGCUAUAGCUCAUAUAAGUGCUAAGGAAACAGGCACUUUAGAAUUUAUAAGAAUUUGGAAUAUGCUUUAUUAGCAUCCGUAUUUUUAAAAUCAUAUGGUUAGUGUUAGCGAUUUGGCUCACUUAUUCUUAGCCAUUAUUUGAUUUUAACACUCGCACCUCUUGGAAACUGAUAAAACGACUAUACUAAUACUGAACUGAUACUAAAUAAUCUAUACUGAACUGAAGUAAUCUAUAAUCUAUACGAUACUGAACUGAUUUAUGGAAUGGAUUUUUUUCAGUAUGACUGACUGCGCAUAUAUCACAUUUAUCGUUACUAAUGACAGGAUCAUUAUUUAACAUAUUUAUAAGCGCAAACUCGUUUUUAUCUAACACUUCAAUUUAGUUUCAAUUCAGUCUAAAGGCGCCAUAAGAUCAAAAUCCUUUUUUGAAUAAUCUUAUUCAGAAUAUAAAUGCAAUUUAAAUUAUGAAUGAAAUAAAAUGAUAAAAAUUUCUAAAUGUAGUUCGCAAAAUAAGGUGCUACCGGCAGGUCACAUACGAAGGAAAAAUUCCCAUUAUUAAAGAGUAUGAUAAAAAAGACAAGGGCUAAUUAUAGUCGCAGUAUUCAAAUUGCAUUAUUUAAAAAAGCUUCUCAGCCGGAAUUUAAAUAUAGGGAAUUAAUUUUAUUCCAUAUGUUUACAUUAUUUCUCAUUUAAUUAAUAGACAAAAUUCCAUCCGCCCCCAAGCUCAAUUUCCAAAGUAUAUAAUCAAGGAAAUAAUUACAUGAAUCGAAACGUUAAUACUAUAAUGUGAUCAAGAAGAUAUUGUUUCUUCCACCUGAUGCAUGUUGGCGUGCUGAAAAGGCACAUAUGUCUUACAUCUAUAAGUAAGAGGACGAAGCAAAAUAGUUUUAUUUGGUACCCAGCGUCAAUUAGCUAAAAUAGUGCCAUGUAUUGUCACACAAAUACACCCGUUCACAAUUGGUCUACGUAUAAAUGAAUGAAUUUCUAUUAUAAAGUUUCACGACGUCUUUAGAGUCGCCAGUUCACACCUGCACCAAGUCAGGUUUUUGAUCUGCAUUGUUAAGUUCAACUGCCUCCAACUGCCGUUGUGAAAGAACGUUCUAUUCUAGUCAUUAAAAUUAUGCACACGCUUUGAAUUUCUCGCACUGGAAAUAUAAAUAAACUAUUUCUUUUCACCAAGAUUACUUGUGCACGGAUUAAUAACCCUGUAUCUGUAGGCUAAUAAAAGACAAUACAAAAGUAGAAGUUUAAUAGUAACUCAAAUAGAUCAUAUAGAAGCAUGAAGUGGGCAAGAAUUCAGCAUUGAGUUUGAAUAUUUAUUUACUUUUUUCAUUUGGCAAACGAUUUCAAAGCCAUAUUUAGGAUUUGAUGGAUUUUUGAUAGGAUCAACAGAAUUUGAUGUGUCCAGUGG